CUGCGCGGUGCGGCGCACAGCCAGCCGGCCGGCGGGACGAGGCGUGAACCCCCAGUGAUGAACACGGAAGCUCAGAAGCCGCAGAUAGGCAGUCCCCCGCCGCAGCAUCGUCGCCGACGGGCACGACAGCCACUUCGGGCUGGAUGCCAUCACGUGCCUCGCCGAGGGGCCUCAUGGGCCGUCAUGGGAGAUAUGAGCGUUGUUGAUAUCUUUUGCGGCAUGCCCGAGGGAGCGGCGCGGUAUAAGACGCGGGAGAACUGCUGUCGAGCGUCGCGGUAUACAUAAAGCAAGCUGCGCGACUCGGUUCGACUUCACACAGCCUACCUCGCCACUCCUAGGCCCGUCUCGCCGCACCACCCCCAGUCGCCUACCUCUCGUCUUGCACAAGCGGCCACACCUCACCCCUCCCCCAGAUCCCAGCCAGCACACCCCCGCCAUGGCAUCCUCCUUCCUCCCCAUCUCGCCGUGCUGCAUCAAGGGCUCAGUCCUGAACGGCACCCCGCGCGGCGAGUUCCAGGCGCCCGGCUCGGCGCCAGACGUCGUGCUGGGACGGUACAUCGUGCACCCGGAGGGCAAGAACGUCAACCCCAAGGCGGCCCUGGUGCUCUUCUACGACAUCUUCGGGUUCCAGAUUCCCAACCCUAAGAUCCUCGCCGACGCGUUCGCCGACCGCCUCGGCGUGACCGUCGUCGUGCCCGACUACAUGCCGGCCGGCCUGCCGCCCGACUACCUCAGCUCCGCGAUGGAGGCAUACCCCGGCCAGAAGGCGAACCAGGGCUUCCUUAGCUCCUUCUUCGGCAAGCUGAGCCUGCUCAAGGUUGUGCCGUAUGCCGGCGGCAUCCGCGACGGCGCCGUCAACCCCAAGUCUGAGCAGGCCGUCGCGGACCUCCGCAAGGCAGGCUACACGCAGCUCGUGGCUGUCGGGUACUGCCGCGGCGGGAGCGUGACCGCGCACCUCCUGUCCAAGGGCGACGAGGCGGGGCUCGACGCCGGCGUGCUCAUCCACCCCGGUGUCGAGGCGGACCGCUGGGCAAAGUUCACCAAGCCGUCGCUGUGGCUCCUGAGCGAUCCAGCGCACGAACACUUCUUCAAGGAGGCGCAGGUCGACAAGCUCAAGGCGACGUUCAAGGAGACGGGCGUGCCGUUCGAGCUCAAGACGUACCCCGACACGGCGCACGGCUUCGGCGCACGCCCCACGCCUACGCACGCGCCGACGAUGGCUGCGUUCAAUGAUGCCAAUGAGCGUGCGGGCGACUUUGCGAAGCAGUUCCUCGGCCUGCAGUGAGCGCUGUAGUUGGAUUGUUAUUAGAUGUUGUUAGUGAUCAGACAGACUGUUGGGCACCAUGUUAUAUCGUAGCAACUAAA